AUGGGCAAUACUGAUACGAAACUUGCCUUCAGAAAAGCUGUUGUGCAAUUGACAACGAAAAAAACGGUAUGCGAGGCUUUAAAUCACUGCUAUUUCCAAUUGUUUACAGAGCUAAGUAUGGCUUUCAUAUGUACAUUAAUUUUGCAGGCUUUGGAGGCAGGAGACGAUGCAUUUUGGGCUCAAUUCUGGACAGAUCCAAAUGUUACUGUUAGUGAUAUCUUUACACUUAUUCCUGCGACGGAAAUACGUUCAUUAAGGGACGAAAACCCUUCAAAUUUGGCCACUCUUUUGUACAAGGUAAUUUGAAAAUGAAAUGUUUUGCUUCACGUUUGUAAUGCCACGUCGAAAUAGGUAUCGUUUUAUACGUUGUGAGAUGAGUAUUAAAUUAGCAAGUAUUAUAGUAGUUAUUUUGGAUAUUGUAUAAAUAAAGUGAUUGUUUUUAAAAUUAUAUUGUCUUUUAAAGUCUAAGUUAAAUCCAAUUUGUAAUUGAAGCAGCUGUUUAAUCUUUUAUACCUGAGUAACCUGACUAGCUUGAUUUGUUAAUUUUGUACUUGUUUACAUUUGUAUAGUAUUGUUUUAUUGAUAGUUAUUUUAGAGAGUAAACUAUCAAAUUUUCACCGAUUAAACUGGCUUUAGACACGGUGAAAUAAUAAAAUUGGGAUGCACUGUGCACAAUUUAAUUUAAUGGGUUCAAGUUAUCAAUAUUCUAUUAAAUGUACAGCAGUGUAAACCAAUUAAAUUAUUCUUCAAAUUUUUCCUUACUACAGAAAUGUAGAGGGAAAAGUUUGAUAUGUUUAAAACACAAAUUUUAUGUGAUAUUAAAUGUUUUUGAUCUCCACAAAAAAUCUCCACAAAAACUCUACAAAUUGGCUAAAAAUGCUGUUUCAAAGAGUCCAAAUUUCAAAAUCUUGAUGGGGAGAGAAUCAAGUGGGCAGUACCUUGAUCACCAUAGAGCUACUGUCUUCUUUCAAAAUGCCUCCUACUCCAAAUUGUAUUGGUAACCUUGUUGCUAAGUGUAACAUGUUGACCUCUUAGUGUUGAUUAUAACAGUUGGCAAUAUACCCUUAGACUGGAAAGUAUGUCACUUUGGCUAUAGAGCUUCGUUUUUGUGUGUGUGACAUAAGUUAAAGCCCAACAUCUUGAUCACAAAAACAAGGUCCUAUAGCCAAGGUGACAUAGUUUUCAGAAAGAUGUAUUAGCUAUUUGUCGAGCAAAAAUACUUGAUGGCAACAUGCUAGCAACUUGAUGUUUGGAUAUACAGUUUUUGCUUUUGUAUCAAUAAUAUUAUUUGUUUAUCUAGUGUGUUGAACGAAUUGUGAAUGCACGAGCAACAUGUUGUACUGGUCCUCAAGAACACAUCAUCGGUGAGACAAAUAUGAUAGUGUGCAUAUUAUUCACUUGAGAAUAGACAACAGUUCAUCCAUGAGUCUAAUACAUGCUUCAAGAAAGUUUGUCACCUUUGCUACAGAGCCUCGUUUUUGUGAUUGAGACACUAGGCUUUAACUAUUGCUGCAUGCAUGAAAAUGAAGCUCUAUUGCCAAAUUGACGUACUUUCCAGAAGGUCGUAUUGAGUCGACAUUCUCUCUCUCUUAGUUCUGAAUUGUGUCCACAUUUUAACACGAGUCAUCCCCUACAUAUUUGAGGAUCCUGAUUGGAGAGGAUUCUUCUGGUCUACCGUACCUGGAGAAGUUGUAAGUGUACAAUAUGUACUACUAGAUAGAGCAAACUGCUGCAUUGUAGUAACUGCAUUUUUGUCUCAAAUUCAGGCUGACUUAGAUCAUGCUGGUGGAUUGACAGGCAGAGAAAUGGUAAAACAUAUGUAUGGUCUUCUAGUUAACCCAUUGAGUGCCAGCACUCUCCCCUUAAUGAGUAAAAUCAUGUGCAGUUAGACACAAUAAAAUAAUAAUGUGGGUACAAUGCAAUGGGUUAAUGUAAUUUUUGCUAAUUUUUUCUGUUGCUUAAAUUUCUCUUCUCAAAUUUACAGAAUACAGACUCCUCACCUCCAAUGGCUCAAUCACUGUUGAAUGCUUUGGCAGUAUGUGUAUUGUAUAAUAUGAAUAACUAUACUGUAUUAGACACACCAAAAUACUAUACAAUAUAUAUAUAAUUAAAUAUUAUAUUUUAUAUUUAGGACUUGUUGUUUUGUCCAGAGUUCACUGUUCAUGCGACAAAAAGAAUUGGACCAGUAAGUAAAAAUGAUGGAAAUUCACUCCCUAAAUCAACAGUACUUUAAUGAAUGUAAAUUAUAAUUAUAAUUAACUUUUUAUUUAGGAAAACCCAGAGGACCUUUCAACCAUUGAUAGUUGUGAAUACAUCUGGUAAGCAAGAAAUAAGGGAGGAUAGUUAGUAAUAUUUGUACUAGUUUUGACAGAGUCUAAUAUCUUUCCUCUAGGGAAGCUGGUGUUGGUUUUUCUGUGUCUCCGCCACAUAAUCUUCAGUUUGAUAUCAACAGAGUUGCAAUAUUAAAACUUCUCUUAACAUGUUUCUCAGAGUCCAUGUAUUUACCUCCCACACGUAAGUUACACAUUGUCUACUAAUAAGCUCUCUUUUGUAAUAAUCCCCCUCUCUAAUAAGCCCUUGUUUCUAAUAAGCCUUCUUCUUUAAUAAGUCCCUGUUUCUAAUAAGCCCCCUCUCUAAUAAGCCCCCCUCUCUAACAAGCCUCCCUCUCUAAUAAGCCCCCUCUCUAAUAAGGUUCCCUCUCUAAUAAGCCCCCUCUCUAAUAAGGUUCCCUCUCUAAUCAGCCCCCCUCUCUAAUAAGGUUCCCUCUCUAAUAAGCCUCCCUCUCUAAUAAGGUUCCCUCUCUAAUAAGCCUCCCUCUCUAAUAAGCCCCAUCUCUCUAAUAAGCCUCCCUCUCUGACAAGCCUCCCUCUCUAAUAAGCCUCCCUCUCUAAUAAGCCUCCCUCUCUAAUAAGCCUCUCUAUCUAAUAAGCCUCCCUCUCUAAUAAGCCCCCUCUCUAACAAGCCUCUCUCUCUCUAAUAAGCCUCUCUCUCUCUCUCUCUCUCUCUAAUAAGCCCCCCUCUCCAAUUAGCCCCUCUCUAAUAAACCCCCUCUCUAAUAAGUCCCCUCUCUAAUAAGCCUCCCUCUCUAAUAAGCCCCCUCUCUAAUAAGCCUCCUUCUCUAAUAAGCCCCCUCUCUAAUAAGCCCCCUCUCUAAUAAGCCCCCUUUCUAAUAAGCCUCCCUCUCUAAUAAACCCCUCUCCAGUAAGCCUCCCUCUCUAAUAAACCCCCCUAUUUUGUACUAAAGCAAGAAAUUGGUUAACCCCUUCUCCAUUAAGCCCCUCUCUCCUCUCCCUAUUCACAGCUAAAAGUACUAUAGAGAGUAGUAUUUAUUGGCCUAGAAUUAUUUUAGUUCCCCUGUUGAACAUUGUAUUUUAUCCACAGCUGAAAAUCAAGCACUUCCAAACAAAUGGCUUGCUCACUUCUCAUCCUCUGAAAACAGGUCUGAGUUUUGUUCACUGAUUUUUAUCAAAGACUGUUACAGUGCAUUCCAAAGAAAAGAAAAUUCAACAUACUUGCAUUAAUAAUUUUCUGUUUCUAGACAUGCUUUACCAUUAUUCACAUCUUUGCUAAACACAGUCUGUGCCUAUGACCCCAUUGGUUAUGGUGUCCCGUGAGUAUAAUUUUAAUAUUUAAUAAGCUUUAAACUGUUGUGGAACAUUAUUAUGCUGAGGUCUGCCACUGUUUGGCAUGAAAUCCAUUCGAAAUUCCCAUAACUUGCAGUUAAAUUAUUGUGUUGUGUGUUAGUUACAAUCACCUGAUGUUCAGUGACACAAGAGAACCACUGGCAGAAGUCGCCUCCCAGCUGUUGGUGGUUCUGUUAGAUCAGAACAGUGAACAGACACCAGGAGCUGUCGCAGAGAGUAGUUCUGAAGAAGGUGUCUUGGAACAAACACCAGAGGUAUGAGGACAAAAGGAUUGCAUGAAAAUUUGAGUUGGAAGCCAGAGAGAACAGUUUAGAACUGGUAGAGGAUACAGUAAAAAUAAAGUUAGUUUAGUCUAGGUUUCCUCCUGUAGUAAUACUGAAUCAAUACGAGAUGAUCCUUACUGGACCUCUAGGAAGAACAGUUAGAACUAAUAGAACUAUACAGUAUAAAUAAAGUUAGUUUAGUUUAGGUUUCCUCCUGUAGUAACACUGGAUCAAUAAGAGAUGAUCCUUACUGGACCUGUUUAGAAGUGAUAGAGUUAUCCAGUAUAAAUGAAGUUAAACUAGAUUGUUGUUUCAAUUCCUUUCAGCUUGGUGCGCAGGAAAACUUGUUUUGUAAUUAUUUAUCACGCAUACAUCGAGAAGAGGUGAGAUAUUCUGUCGUACUCGGAGGUCGUGGGAUUGGUUCUCACUCCUGAUUCAAGACUCUCGUGUAAAAAGAGCCAAUUAUGAUAAUACUCUCCCAAACCUCGAGGCUUUCCUCUGAACACUCCCACAAGGAAAGUUAACUGCUGGGCUGGUUACAAUACGUAGACCACGUAUACAUUAGUUCCAGUUAAAACAUUUGUGAUUAAAUAAAUUAUCAUUUCAGGACUUUCACUUCAUUCUCCAUGGUCUUGCGCAACUUUUAAAUAACCCACUCAUCCAGGUAAGAUUGCAACGCAAGUUCUUUUCAUUCACAGCUGAGUGAGUUUUGGUAUCUGCUAGAAACUAUUUUUUUAUCCAAACAAAUUCCCUUGUUUUGUAGACGUAUCUUCCAAAUUCCACGAAGAAAAUCAGCUUUCACCAAGAGUUAUUGGUGUUAUUCUGGAAAAUGUGCGACUUGAAUAAAGUAAGAAAAAGAACUAAAGUAUAAAAUAUAUAAUAAAAAGUUAUAAAAUAUUAAUAAGAAAAUAUAUAAUAAGGACAUGAGCAACCAAUAAAAUUGCGCGAAAAGCACUAUACACCUCACACAAUAUUUGUAUGGUAACAGCAGCUGAAUAUUUACGAUCUUUCCUUUCUUGUUAGAAAUUUUUGUUCUUCGUGUUAAAAAGCAGUGAUGUGUUGGAAAUAUUGGUACCAAUCUUAUAUCACUUGAACGAUGCAAGAUCAGACCAAUCGCGUCUGGGUUUAAUGCAUAUCGGUGUGUUCAUUUUGUUGUUGCUCAGUGGGGAAAGAAACUUUGGUAAGAUUUUCUAAAUGCAACUUCUUCAAAUCAUUAAUAAUUCACAAGCAAAACGCAAAAGUAAUCCGCACCGUUUCGUGUCCUGGGGCAGGUUGUACGAAGGUCGGAUAGUGAUUUUUUCAACCUUUGUAAAAUGCUUGAAAACUGUGAAACUACGGAUAUUAGACGAUACAAGAAGUAUAACAAACAUUUAACUUAUAAAUACUAAACUUUAAUACGUGAUUUAACAAAGCUUGAAAAAAUCAUCCGGUGGAUAGCGCUAUCCCUUCGUACAACCGGCCCCAGAUGUGUAUACCACGCGUUCAACAUUCUUUUUGAAACUCUCCUCGCAGGUGUUCGCCUAAAUAAACCCUACGCUGUUAGGAUACCUAUGGAUAUUCCUGUAUUCACAGGAACCCACGCCGAUCUCUUGAUAAUUGUGAGUGUUUAAAGUACAUUUUUCACUUGCUUUAAAACGAAUAGAUGAAUGCGUGCAGUUGCUUUAAUGUCUAAUUGUUUGUAGGUGUUUCAUAAAAUUAUAACGACAGGACAUCAAAGACUUCAGCCGUUAUACGAUUGCCUGUUGACUAUAAUUGUCAAUGGUAAGUAAGAAUAGAGUUAUGUCCCACUUUUUUUUGUACAAAUUUAUUUAUUUUCUUAUCGACUGUUUGUAUGCUUUUAGUUUCUCCGUAUUUGAAAUCGCUAUCGAUGGUGACGUCGAAUAAACUAUUACAUUUGCUUGAAGUAAGUGGCGUCUGUUUUAAGUUCGAUUUCUGGAUGAUCCAGCUUCAGUAUGAAGUUUUAAAUUGACAAAGUGCUUUUAAAUCUUUUUCAGGCAUUUUCAACUCCAUGGUUUUUGUUCUCUGGUGCAACAAAUCAUCAUUUGGUCUUCUUUUUACUGGAAAUAUUUAAUAAUAUCAUACAAUACCAGUUUGAUGGUAAGAUAACGACAGAUUUACUUUUCUAUCAAUUUAUAAAGCUGUUGCUUUUGCAAACUAUAUAUGUAGUCGAAUAUGUCUGUUGAUAAGAAUCGGCUAAAUUGCUUUCCUAAACCUUUUGAAUUUCAGGCAAUUCACAUCUGAUUUACGCCAUUAUAAGGAAGAGAAACAUGUUUCAUCAGGUAUAGAGCGUACUUAUUAAUUGUAUUAGAAAGAAAUUAAUUGUAUUAGAAAGAAAUACAAAACAACACUAGCUCCGACUAUGAACGUUUUGAAGAAUCCGACCUGCAGAAAAUAUUUAUUAAAAUUUUCAUAUUCGGAGUAACAGCUGUUUUGUAUUUCAUCAAAUACCCAGUGGCUGUAGGAGGGAAAUGUUUUGAAAUAUUGGUAUAAUUUUUACCAAUUGUCUACCCGUAGCUUUCUGAUGAGCUCCCCAUCCUAAUGAGGAGGAAAAUGUUUUGAAAUAUUGAUAUAAAUUUUUACCAAUUGUCUACCCGUAGCUCUCUGAUGAGCCUCCUCCCCUAAUGAGGAGGAAAAUAUUGUGCAAUAUUGUUAUGAUUUUUACCAAUUCUGUCCCCGUAGCUUGCGAAUCUCUCCACUGAUCCGAGCACAGCCAGGAGGCCAAGACGAAGACGAAAAGGUUCCGAAUCCUCCAGUGAAGAGUAAGUCCAAAUGUUACCUCAAACGUCCAGUAUUCUUUCUCUCGGUGCCAGUGGAGGUAGUGACGAGAAUAAGAAAGCUUCGGAUUGGUAGGGAUACAACUACCUGAAAAAUAUAAGGAGAACUUCGACGUUUCGAGCGAAGGCGCUUCGUCGGAAAGCUACUGUAGUUCAGACGAAGUUCUGCUCAUAUUUUUUAGGUAGUUGUAUUUUUCUCACUCCUUUCUUGGCUUGUGAACUUGCUUAAAUCUUUGCUCAAUUUUUAGGGAAGAUAAACCACUUACAGACAAACUACCUCAAAUUGAAGCUCAAGGUAAAACCUUAUCACUGUGAUUCGGAUUAGAUUUGAGAUUAAGAUUAGGAUUGAGGUGAAGGUUGGAGAUUAGAUUAGUUUAUUUUAGAUUAAGUUAGAGUUGAAGUUAGUAAUAUUUUAGAUUACAGUUAGGAUUAGUGUUUUAGAUUAAUGUUCCAACAAUAUUACAAUGAAAUGUUUUAUGUGAGCUUAUGUGAAUGUGGAGUCGCCGUCAUUGCUGAAAACAGCUGUAGUUCUGCACAUUUUGAUCGAUCUGUUUUAGUGGAAGAAGUACACCGAACUGGUGUGGAUGCAGACUCAAGUGAUAGUGACGCUGGGUCAGCGGCAACCUCCAGUCACCAGUCGGCAACAACAAAAGACAGUUCGUAUCGUAAAGUGAUUGGUCGGUCACAGUCGGUCUCCAGUACUGGCUCGUUUGUCGCCACAUCUGAAUGGGUAAUUCUUCACCUCAUAAAUUUUGAUUCUUUAGAUUUGAUUCACGUAUUAGUGAGCAUUAUUGGCAGCAGAUGGUGGGUAACUUUACGAGUGUUAGUGUUUUAUAGGGUGUCACAUUUUAUAGGAGCAUAUUAUACAGUACUCUGAAAGCACACUCAUACUCAAAGAGUGUAGGUUCAAUCUGAGCUUCCCUUGAGUGUCAUUGCUGUUUUUGAAUAGCUGGAGGGUGAGUAGUCACAUAGUAAGGUACGACACUAACCCUCCAGCUAUUCAAAAACAGCAAUGACACUCAAGAGAAGCUCACAUUGAACCUCCACUCUUUGAGUGUGAGUGAGCUUUUAGAAUACAGGCGAUAGUCUCUAUUCUAUCUGUUUUCUUCCAAAUACAAGGCUACUACAUAUAACGAAAAGGAUUAACAUUAUUUCCUCAUUCUGAUAAAUGCUGGUUGACCACCAUCUGCUGCACGAGUGUGCUUAACCAUGAAACCCACCCAUACCAACGUUGUCUACUGUCUUUUUCAACAGAUCCAGUCUUGGAAACAAAAAUUACCACUUCAGACAAUUAUGAGAAUGUUACAAGUUCUUGUACCACAAGUCGAAAAAAUCUGCAUAGACAAGUAAGAAAUGGACGUUUAGGCUUCAACUGAACUAACUUUAUUUAUUCUGGAUAUCUCUAUCAGUUCUAGACUGUUCUCCCUAGAGGUCCAGUAAGGAUCAUCUCUUAUUGAUCCAGUGUUACUACAGGAGGAAAUUUAAACUAAACUAACUUUAUUUAUACUAGAUAACUCUAUCAGUUCUAAACAGUUCUUCCUAGAGGUCCAGUAAGGAUCAUCUCUUAUUGAUCCAGUGUUACUACAGGAGGAAACUUAAACUAAACUAACUUUAUUUAUACUAGAUAACUCUAUCAGUUCUAAACUCUCCUCCCCAGAGGUCCAAUAAGGAUCAUCUCUUAUUGAUCUUUUGUAACUUGUAUUACCACAGGAGGAAACCUGUUCUAAACUAACGUUAUUUAUCCUCUAUUUUUCUUCAGGGGAUUGACGGAUGAAUCAGAGAUCUUAAAGUUCCUUCAACAUGGCACGUUGGUUGGUCUACUGCCUGUACCCCAUCCGAUAUUGAUAAGAAAAUACCAGGUAAAUAUCUGUUUAUACUUUAUGACCGGUAUUCUGACUCUAACAUGUAAAACAAUAUUGUGAAUAGCCUGUUAAACUUCAUUUUGUCCACAUAGGCAAACAGCGGUACACAGAUGUGGUUUCGUACAUAUAUGUGGGGGAUAGUUUACUUAAGGUAAGAGAUAAGUGUGUGGGGCCGCACCCCCUUCUUUUUCCUCCUCCUCCCCCCCCCCCUUCUCGUGGAUUUUACCCCUUCUCUAUGAUAUUACCUAGGUAAUUCUCUGUUGUCUAUUAUUUAGGAACAUCGAUCCACCCAUCUGGUAUGACACAGAUGUAAAACUCUUCGAAAUUCAACGAGUUUAG